AUGAAUAAAUUCAGGAAACAAGAGAUCGAUGGCAAGACCAUCUCAGAUAUUGAUGAAGUUGAACAGGGACAGGGUCUUUUAGAAGAAAGCAGCACAGACACAGACACAGACGCAGGCACAAACUUCUCACCAGCACCUAGGAGAUCACGUAGCUCCAAUUGUAGAUGGUACACUGUUGUCAUCGGAUUCCCAGUGCUGCUAUGUGCAACCAACCUUCUUACUUUCUGGAUCACCGCUUCCACAAGACCACAAUGUCAUGCUCCGGCGUCAGUGGCGGAACCUCCAAGCCUCGCGCCAAUGCUUCGAGAUCUGAACCUCGAGACAAUACACGUCAAAUUUGACUCAACAUUCUAUAGCCAGGGCAGCCGUUAUCGUAAGCCUCCAUCGCCGGAGACUGAUGCUGCGUGGAACUUCGCAGGCGCCAAUUUUGGAUUCCUUCUCAUUCCCGAAGAUCAAGCCAGUGAAUCGGAUCUUACAUCUGAUCACAUUCAUCUCGCUGGCGGUCCAGAUCAAGCCAAUCUGACGGGGAUUCCUGCCGAUGUUGAAGUAUUUCAUCAACUACAUUGCUUGAAUCUACUUCGAAAGGCGACAUGGUAUAACCAUGAUUACUAUCGAAAGCUCGGCGCAGACGAGUUUCAGCAUCCAGACCGCACGUUAUCCGUCCACGUUGACCAUUGCAUAGACAAUUUGCGCCAACGGAUCAUGUGUACGGCUGAUGUUGGACUUGUUCCGUUCUACUGGGUCGGAGACGAUGGUCAGACAGAUCCCGAGUUCAGUCGGACGCACACAUGCCGUAAUUUCGAGACCUUGCACGAUUGGAUGAUGCAGCAUAUGGUCACUCUAGACUCCAACGCCACCCUGCUUCCCAGACCAGGCGACUACAGAGUCGACCAUUUUCACUAA